AUGAAAUUACAAGCGACUGUUAUUGCCAUUAAUGGACUCGUGGAUGAUGAGAAUAGUCAAGCUGAAGGUACGAUCGAAGGUGCAGUAGGUGUUGUACAACAACAGCAGCAGCAACAACAAGCUAACAAUCCUAAUCAGCAACUACAACAACAACAAAAUGCACAUCCUCAUUAUGAAAAUAUCUACGAAUCCAUUGAACAUUAUAACGCAGCCGCUCGUGGACUUGGUGCUGAGGCCCUUAUUGCACCAAUUAAUCCCAAUAACAACAACAAUAAUGCCAAUGCCCCUGCUGAAGAAUUAAUAGUGCCACCACCAACACCACAACAACCCCAACCACCCACAACAAUGGGAUCAUCCGGAAACUCCGACAACAAUAAUACUCAACAAAAUAAAACACGAAUGACAACGAGCAACAUUAAUUAUCGCAACGAUUUAUAUGAUCGGGCCAAUGGCAUUAAUGCAAAUGGUCCAACUGCCGGUGGAGGAGGAGGGGCAGGAGGUGGAAUAGGAGUUGGUACAACAAAUUAUGACAUACCAAGAUCUGUAAGAUCGGGUUUAGGUUUUAGACGUAACUUCCAAUUAGAUUUACAUGCAGCAAAUCCGCGUUUCAAUGCUUUUCGUUGUAAUGGUGCCUCGUGCAGUCAUUACACUGCCAACAACACUACUUCGUCGUCCUCCUCAUCUUGCCACCGCCAACGAAGUUUUGAUGACACCGAAUCGCAAAAUUAUUACAAUCUCAAUUAUCAACCCUCGGUUCGUUAUGAAAAUAUUUACGAACAAAUACACGAUGAACCCAUAUAUCGUAAUACAAAUACCGGAGGAGGAGGUAGCGGUGGCAGUGGUGCAUCGGCUGCUCGUGUCUAUGGCCGUCUCAAUGUCAUAGGACAUGGUAUAGGACGGAUAGAACGCCAUCUCAGCUCAUCGUGUGGUAAUAUCGAUCACUAUAAUCUCGGUGGCCACUAUGCCGUUUUGGGUCAUUCACAUUUUGGUACCGUUGGACAUAUACGCCUGAAUACUGGCUCAACCACGACAACAAAUAGUUCAAGUAUUACUUCAACAGCUAGUUGUAAUGGCGGCGGUUGUGGUACCACAGCUUCAUCCUCAGCCGCAGCCGCUGCUCAACGGGAUGCAAAUAACGUCAAAAAUAGCGCCUCAUCAUUUUUCAGUUGUUUACAUGGCGGGGAGAAUACUCAAAGUAUGAGUAACAUAUAUAAAGCAUCGGGUAAUCCUAACAGUAGUGGAGGAGGACCGACUGCUGCAAGCUCCUCGGUAGCUGGUGGAAAUUCAAAUUUAUCAACGGGAAAUUCGGGAUUAUGUCCAAAUGUUAGUGCCACCAUUUCUAAAGAUCGUGAAAGUCGGGCCGCUUCGGCCGGACCCUUAAUCAAUCCAAAUGCCAAUAGUAACAACAACAGCAGCAACAACGAUGCAUCAACAAGUUCUUCAUCAACUCUAACACUGCGUGCCACCGGUGCAAUACCGAAAAUAAAAAAUCUUAACAGCUCUUCGAAUACAAAUCGCAACAGCAAUAAUGCUGAAAAGAAUUCCAAUGCAGCAACUGCAACAGAAAAAACUGUGUCUUCCCUGAAAAAUGCUCUAACGAAAAAAUCUUCUUCAAAUUCUGCACAAAAAACUUCCGCACAACAAACGGCGUCGUCGUCUUCCACAUCAUCAACAACGACUGCAUCUUCAUCCGCCAACAAUCCGGUAAUGACUGAACAAAAUGGCUCACUAAAUCGCAUUUCAAAAUCAAGUCUCCAAUGGUUGUUGGUCAAUAAAUGGUUACCGUUGUGGAUGGGCCAGGGUGCCGCUGACUGCAAGGUGAUUGAUUUUAAUUUUAUGUUCUCCAGAGAUUGUGUUGACUGUGAUGCCGCCUCGGCAGCAGCUCAAAUGUCUGCAUAUGGAACACCACGUUUUUCGGGAUUGCCACAGGAUAUAGUACGUUUUAAUGCCAGAGCGGAAAUGCAUUCAACUGCCGCGGCGGGUAUGAAUACUGCCGCUCCCUAUAGAAGACCCUUACACAAUACCCUAAAUCGUUUGCGGGAAACUGAUAAUUAUGGUACAAAUGCAACAACGGCGGCCCGGCGUUAUGAAGAUCCCUCAUAUGAAAAU